ACGUAGGUGCGGGAAGAAUUUUGAGGUGGCGCUUGUCAGACUAAGAGGCUAGGUCGGAAGCAGUCGGUUCAGUAAGAUUCGUAGUUACACACAACAAUACCCAGUAAUACGACAGUGUCUAACAUUUUUAUCUGACUGCACAACUGGUAAAACGGAGUGGAAAUGGCCGCGGCUUCGUCUGUUUGUGCAUUUGCGGUCGCUUCGACCUGAUCAACACUUGUCCUAAGGUUAGCUUGUUAGCAAUCCUGGUUGUUUACUGCACCAGCCCCACCACUGUGGCUCCGCACGGAUUUCCACUGUACAUUCAAGGGAUUUAAGGGGGCUCUCACUUUUACAAGAUGUUCCUGGUGGGGCUGACGGGAGGUAUCUCCUCAGGGAAAAGCACAGUGUCUUCAAUGCUGCGGGAGCUUGGGUGCCCGAUUAUUGAUGCAGAUGUUGUGGCCAGGAAAGUUGUGGAGCCGCACACUCCUGCCUACUCUCGCAUCGUCUACCACUUCGGGCCAGAGAUCCUACUUGAGAACGGGGAGAUCGACAGGCAGAAGCUGGGUCAGCUCAUCUUCGCCAGUGAGGAAAAGAGGAAGCUGCUGAACUCCAUCACCCACCCAGAGAUCCAUAAAGCAAUGCUCAAAGAGAUCCUCUUCUACUUUCUCAGAGGGUACCGCUAUGUGGUGCUGGAUGUGCCUCUUCUCUUUGAAACCAGACGUCUCACUCAGUUUCUGAACCAUACUGUAGUGGUUUACUGUGACCCUGCCACUCAGCUAUCGCGCCUGAUGCAGAGGGACGGCCUGACCCAGGAGCAGGCCGAGCAGCGCGUAGCUGCACAGAUGCCACUCAAUGAAAAGCGCGGCUUGGCAAAUCAUGUUAUUGAGAACUCAGGCAGCCGGGAGGACACCCAUCGGCAGGUCCUGCGGCUGCACACAAAGCUGGAGGACUCCAUGGACUUCCUCUUAGUGAGGGUCAUUGCUAUUGCUGCCACUGCUGGUCUGAGUGGGAUACUGCUCUAUGCAGCCAAGAUACUUUUGUCCUAACAGAGGAAAGACGAGGGGUAAAAGGGUUUGGUCCAAAAUGUGGUUAAAGAUGAGGAUGUGAAUAGAAGCAGGCAAAGGCAGGUCGGAAGUAUCGAUGCAAUUUACUGUGAGAUUAGUUUGACAGCACUCACCACUACAGCUCAAUGGUUUGACAUGCUCUUUUGGCAGUUAACACGGACUUACGUUAUUGACAGAACUUGCAAUGACAAAUGUUGUUUUGGUGUGAAGGGCUUCUAUGUGCAAUUUAUGUGGGUUUUACUGUGAGAUACUAAAAUAUGAAGGUGAUACCUUAGAGGCUCAGUUACUGUACAAGCCCCCCCCACUUGCUCAGUUAUAACGGUGAUGCUCUCAACAGUAAUGGCAGAUUGGAGCUUUAAAAACUGGCUAAAUCCUAAUUUUGAUACAGCAGUCAAUA